AUGUCGGGAGGGUACCAGUCCACAGCAUCGGACAGUGGAGUCAAGACUGUGCCUUUGGCAGAGCAUGGCUGCGGCCUUGAAACGGCUGCAGAAGUCCUGAUGAGCGAGGCUUGCCGAGCCGUGAAUAUGCAAAAGUAUUCAGAGUCGGCUGGAAGCCUGCCUUCGGAUUCGACCGCCAGUGCCACUAGCCCGACGGGUUCGACUGUGUCGCCCAUAAGUUGCAUCGACUUUGCUGCACUUGAGGAAGUCAAAGAGGUGGAAGCCCACUUCGAGGCGGUGAGUGCGGAGGUCCAGCAGUGGAGCCCGACAAACUUCGAGUUUCACCGGACUCUGGAGAAAGCUGCUCGAAAUCAAGGACAUGUGAGUUUUUGCUGCUGCUGCUGCUGGAUUAGAUUCGAUCAUGUUAUUGCUCUUCUCGCUUACUAUGUAACAUGUGAAGGCCAGCGACAGCAUCGACUGCAUCAUCCAGAGGAUACAGAGAAUCCUUGGGUGGAUCUCGGCAUCGUUCGGCACCUGAGCAAGAAGGGAGUCAACUUCCUGUGCCACCCUCAGGGCAUCUUUCGAGAUAACGCAUGGCUUUACUGUGCCUCCGAUGUCGCCACAGAAGGCGAUUUCUUCACUUUCGUGACUCACGGACCCGAACCGGGCCUAGACAGAGAAAAGGCGCUGAAACCCUUCAUGGUGCAGCUGUUCUCAGCCAUGAGAUAUCUACAUGAUCGCUACAUUGCUCACUGCGACCUCUCGAUGGAAAACAUCCUCGUUUCCAAAAACCCCACGGAUGGGCAUCUUCAGGUGAAGAUUAUAGACUUUAGCAUGGCCGUCGUCGGCGAAAAGAUGACUUCUGGCCAUCGUGGGAAGCCUUCUUACCAGGCACCGGAGAUGGCGUUGACACCCUACUACGACCCAUUUCUGGUCGAUUCCUUCGGCUUGGGAGUUGUCCUUUUCUCAGCUGCCGCAAGGGCGUACCCGUGGCUGUGCACGGUUCAGGGCCGAUGCAAGUGUUUCGAUUACGUGCUAGAACAUGGUCACAGGAAAUUUUGGAGGAUCCGAAAGAUCAAGAAACCUCAGCCUACCAAGAACAUCGACCAGUGCUUCUCAGAGGAAUUGAAGUUGCUCGUCGAGGGCCUCCUGGCCCUCCAGCCGUCGGAGCGUCUUUCCAUCGACGAAGCAUCCGGCCUCGAAUGGCUCGAUGGUGACGGCACUGUGGUCGCGGCCCUCACUCCCUUCGGCAGCUUGUCCUCGGAGCUCAGCUAUCAAUACAAGUAG